UGGUAUGAAUUAAUUUUGAUUGGUCUUUCAACCUAUAAAAAACGACUAUAUUGAUCCUUUCAUUUGUCAAGAAAACUAUUCUGAAAGGUUUCUAUAACCAGCAAAAUGAUGGGCAAAAAUUUCGUAGAUAAUCAUGCUAAACAGCAAUCAUCACCUCAUGAUAAUGACCGAGGUAAUUGUGAUUCAAAGAUUAGUAAACAGCAACUAUCGUUAAUAAAAUCGUCGUUUUUUGGUCUAAGAGAACGUUUAAAAAAGCGUUAUCUAAUUCUAUUAAUGUGUAUGAUGAUGAAUGCAUUAUCAUAUAUGGUACGUACAAAUAUCAAUAUAACCAUAGUUGCAAUGGUAUUGGAAGAUAAUGAACGUGUUAAUAAUACGAAUAUACAUGAAAGUUGUCCAACUAGUCUUGAUGUAACAUCAUCAAAUAUCAUCGAUAAUAAUCUACCUCUUUCAAUAAAUGAAACAUUUGUCUAUGACAAUAUUAAACAACAUUAUGAUGAUGUCAAACAUUAUAAUAAAAAUGGUCUUGAAUUAUUCAAUUGGAGCGAAUCACUUCAGGGUACAAUUCUAGGAGCCUAUUAUUAUGGAUAUAUUUUAACGAAUUUUAAUGGUGGACAAUUGGCUGAAGUAGUUGGCACGGGACGAUUAUUGACAAUAUCAAUAAUAUUGUCAUCAAUAUUGACAUUAUUGAUUCCUUGGGCUUCAUUUUGUCAUCCUUGGUUGUUGAUAAUUCUUCGAAUUUUGACUGGUAUAGCACAGGGAGUCGUUACACCAGCUAUCUAUCAACUUCUAUCCUAUUGGAUACCAAGAAAUGAAUUAGGUCUUGCAUUUGGAUUGAUACCAGCCAGUGGUUAUAUCGGAGCGGUCGUAACUAUGCCUUCAUGUGCCUUUCUUUCACAAUAUGGUUUUUUCGGUGGAUGGCCUUCUGUUUUUUAUGUAACUGGCGCUGUUGGAAUGUUUUCAUUAGUACCGUGGCUUUGUUUCGUCUAUGAUUCACCUGAUGCUCAUCCACUUAUCACUGAAAAUGAAUUGAUCUACAUAAAAACAAAUUCGAUGACACAACGGCGAGAUGUAAAAAUCGGUGAAAAAGCCAAUUCGUGGGUACCAUGGUUAUCCAUAAUUACAUCGAAAAAAAUUUGGGGUAUAACCAUUUCGAAAUUCUGUACAGCCUGGGGAAACCUUUUUCUCAUGUCUAAAUUGCCAACAUAUUUAAGCCAAGUUCUUAAUAUGCCAAUCACAUAUAAUAGUUAUGUCAACGCUUCAAUUUACAUAUCGUUAGGUGGUUCAAUGUUAGGCUGGGGAUCGGUUGCCGAUUGGGUUGAACGACGUCAAUGUCUUGGCCGCACAACAUCGCGUAAACUUUUUCAAACAAUUGCUUUGAUUGGUUCUGCUGCAUUUCUAGCUUCCAUACCAUUGUUCGGUUGUCAAAUCAUUCCAAUCAUAGUAAUGCUUAACCUGUCGAUGAUUACUCUCGGCCUUACAGCUGGCGGUGAUUCAUUAAUUAUUGUUGAUGUAGCGCCUGAUUAUUCUGGAUCAAUUUAUGGAUUUUCAAAUUCAAUUGCCAGUCUUCCAGGAUUUCUGGCCCCAAUGUUUGUUGGUUUCAUGUUGGAUCUACCUCAUGAUGACGAAAUGCAACAAUGGAGUAUAUUAUUCUGGAUUGGUUCAGGUAUCUACUUAUUCGGAUCAUUAGUGUUUAUUUUGUUGGUAGAUUCUAAACCAGAAUCGUGGGGACAACAACGAAAAUCACAAUCGAAUGCAUUAAAAUCAAAUCAUCAGCACUCAGAAAAACAGUCAAAACAAAUUGAAUCACGAAUAUCCGAAUCAAAUCUUUUGUCAAAUACGACUACUAGCUCAUCUUAUUCAUCAUCAUCAUCAUCAUCGUCAGCAUCAUCGACAAGUGAAUCAAUAAACUCGACGAUCGUCAUUGUCGAACCGUAUUCAAAUCAUGGUCAGAGAUCACCAAUCAAUGAUAAAAAUUAUACAAAAAAUUGCUAA